GGGGUCAAUGGCCCGCAGUUGGGCGGCUUUCUGCGGAGGAGCCGCGCUUGUCUACUCCCCCGAGACCCCUGUCCUUUCCGUUGUCCCCGGGACGCGGUGGCUGGUUACCUCUCUGAACGCCGGUGAGAGGCGGUUUAGGGGAGCAUACUCGAAGGAGUGGAUUUCAGGACUAGGGGAAAGGAAGGCUACGCUGGGUAAUUUCUGUAGGUGAGACUAACCUAGAAGAAAUGGAGGAGGGGAUACCAACAAGAGUCCUGGGCAGGGUCUCGGGGUCCGAACCUGGCCUGGGGGUAUCAGAGCGGGGAUUGGGGGGAGUGAGCCCCACGUGCCUAUGACGCGGGGGCGCCGGGUAGGCGGCGGCGGCAGCGGCGGCGGCAGCGACGCGGGGCCGGCGACCGCGCAGUGCCGGGAGGGUGGCGAAGCAGGCUGCAGGAUGCUGCGCGCCGCACUGUUUCUGCCCUGGCUGCCCCUGGCGGGGGCGGGGACCACAGACAAACCCACCCAGGAGUCGGUGCCGUUGGGUGAGCCUCCUCCAGGUUUGGCGCUCUUCCGCUGGCAGUGGCACGAGGUGGAGGCGCCCUACCUGGUGGCCCUGUGGAUUCUGGUGGCCAGCCUGGCUAAAAUCGUGUUUCACCUGUCUCGGAAGGUAACAUCUCUGGUCCCUGAGAGCUGCUUGCUGAUUUUGCUGGGCCUGGUGCUAGGAGGCAUUGUCUUAGCCGUGGCCAAGAAGGCUGAGUACCAGCUGGAGCCAGGGACCUUCUUCCUUUUCCUGCUGCCUCCUAUCGUGCUAGACUCAGGCUAUUUCAUGCCGAGCCGGCUGUUUUUUGACAACUUGGGUGCCAUCCUCACCUACGCUGUGGUAGGCACACUCUGGAAUGCCUUCACGACAGGUGUUGCCCUUUGGGGCCUGCAGCAGGCUGGACUUGUGGCCCCUAGGGUACAGGCUGGCCUGCUGGACUUCUUGCUAUUUGGAAGCCUCAUAUCGGCAGUGGACCCUGUGGCUGUGCUGGCUGUCUUUGAGGAGGUGCAUGUCAACGAGACUCUCUUUAUCAUCGUCUUUGGCGAGUCCCUGCUCAAUGAUGCAGUCACUGUGGUGCUGUACAAGGUCUGCAACUCCUUUGUAGAGAUGGGCUCUGCCAAUGUGCAGGCCACUGACUACCUAAAGGGAGUCGCCUCCCUGUUUGUGGUCAGUCUGGGCGGGGCAGCCGUGGGCUUAGUCUUUGCCUUCCUCCUGGCCCUGACCACACGCUUCACCAAGCGGGUCCGAAUCAUCGAGCCGUUGCUGGUCUUCCUCCUCGCCUACGCAGCCUACCUCACUGCUGAAAUGGCCUCGUUGUCUGCCAUUCUUGCGGUGACCAUGUGUGGCCUGGGAUGUAAGAAAUACGUGGAAGCCAACAUCUCCCAUAAGUCACGCACAGCUGUCAAAUAUACAAUGAAAACCCUUGCUAGCUGUGCUGAAACAGUCAUCUUCAUGCUACUUGGCAUCUCAGCUGUGGACUCUUCCAAAUGGGCCUGGGACUCUGGGCUGGUGCUAGGCACCCUCUUCUUCAUCCUGUUCUUCCGAGCCAUCGGCGUAGUCCUGCAAACAUGGGUGCUGAAUCAGUUCCGGCUGGUUCCUCUGGACAAGAUUGACCAGGUGGUGAUGUCCUAUGGGGGCCUUCGGGGGGCUGUGGCCUUUGCUCUCGUCAUCCUACUGGACAGGACCAAGGUCCCUGCCAAGGACUACUUUGUGGCUACCACUAUUGUGGUGGUUUUCUUCACAGUCAUCGUGCAGGGUUUGACCAUCAAGCCACUGGUCAAGUGGUUGAGGGUGAAGAGGAGUGAUCAUCACAAACCCACCUUGAACCAGGAGCUGCAUGAGCACACUUUUGACCACAUUCUGGCUGCAGUGGAGGACGUUGUGGGGCACCAUGGUUACCACUACUGGAGGGACAGGUGGGAACAAUUUGAUAAGAAGUACCUGAGUCAGCUGUUGAUGCGGCGGUCAGCCUAUCGUAUCAGAGACCAGAUCUGGGAUGUGUACUACAGACUCAACAUCAGAGAUGCCAUCAGUUUUGUGGACCAGGGAGGCCACGUCUUAUCCUCCACAGGACUUACUCUACCCUCUAUGCCUAGCAGAAAUUCUGUGGCAGAGACCUCUGUCACCAACUUGUUGAGGGAGAGUGGCAGUGGAGCGUGUCUGGAUCUGCAGGUGAUUGACACAGUACGCAGUGGCCGAGACCGGGAAGAUGCUGUGAUGCAUCAUCUGCUCUGCGGAGGCCUCUACAAGCCACGACGCAGGUACAAAGCUAGCUGCGGCCGCCACUUCAUCUCGGAGGAUGCACAGGAGCGACAGGACAAGGAGGUCUUCCAGCAGAACAUGAAGCGACGGCUAGAGUCCUUUAAGUCCACCAAGCACAACAUCUGUUUCACCAAGAGCAAACCUCGACCCCGUAAGACCGGCCACAAGAAGAAGGAUGGUGUGGCUAAUCCUGAAGCUACAAAUGGGAAACCUCCUCGAGACCUGGGCUUUCAGGACACAGGUGCUGUGAUAUUAACUGUGGAGUCUGAGGAGGAGGAAGAAAGUGACAGUUCAGAGACAGAAAAAGAGGAUGAUGAAGGGAUCAUCUUCGUGGCUCGAGCCACCAGCGAGAUCCUCCAAGAAGGCAAGGUCUCAGGAAGCCUCGAGGUGUGCCCAAGCCCACGCAUCAUCCCUCCCUCCCCAACCUGUGCGGAGAAGGAGUUACCCUGGAAGAGUGGGCAGGGAGACCUGGCUGUAUACGUGUCUUCAGAAACAACCAAGAUCGUGCCCGUGGACAUGCAGACAGGCUGGAACCAGAGCAUCUCAUCCUUGGAGAGCCUGGCAUCCCCUCCCUGUACCCAGCCCCCCACUUUAACCCGCUUGCCUCCUCACCCACUGGGUAUGGAAGAGACCCAGGUUCCUCUUGACAUGUCUUCUGACCCUCGUUCUAGCUUUGCCUUCCCCCCAAGCCUGGCCAAAGCUGGCCGUUCUCGAAGUGAGAGCAGUGCUGACAUUUCCCAGCAGCAGGAGCUGCAGCCCCUCAUGGGCCACAAGGACCACACUCAUCUUAGUCCAGGCACUGCCAACUCUCACUGGUGCAUCCAGUUCAACAGAGGAGGCCGGCUGUAGCCCAGGGCCUCAGGGAGGAGCAGGAUGUAUAGCCCCUGUGGAGAGUGUUCCUCAGGCAAUGUGCAGAGGAGCCCUACUCAGCCUAGUAUGGGGGCAGAGGGGCCUGGACUGGAGUGGCAACUGGGCCUCCUUGGGACUGGACAGAAGGGUUUCCUGGGCUGGUCCUCACAGGGACCCUUCUCACCACUCUCCCUGCUCUUAACCCUUUCCGCUUUUCAUUUCAAAAAUGGCUCAGGAUCCAGUCCAGAGUUCUAGGGGAUAGAUCCAGUCUCGUGUCCCUUCCCUAGGGCGUCUUCCUGGACUUACUGUUGGCAGCUGUUCUUGCCUCCAAAGCAAGAGUGUCAUCUGUGGACACUGGUCUUCCCUCCACCCCCACCCCCACCCCCACCCCCACCCAG